GUUCCCUACUGAUGAGCGGAAAAUUGAAGAUCUACAGAUGCCGCUAAUACCAAAAAGGCAUGGACCAUGUAGCUCUUGGCAGGGUCCAGCCGCGGUGGUGUACGACCAUGUCAUUAUUAGCAUCUGUAAACAGCGACUGCAUCUCUUAGUCUCCAUUGUACCUGUUAUGCAACAUGGCUCAGAACGCUCCAGACGAGACACUUUCGCUACUCACGCGACUGAGCCAAAAGCCUGGCGUUCAGAGCACCCUGAUUUUGUCGCGCGAGAACGGCACCAUAAUACGCACUUCGGGUCUCAUAUCGAAUAGCUCGUCGGCGAAUCCAAACAGCACUCUACCGGCAUCCGGGGAAGCUGCAUCCGACAACUACUCGAACGGCAGGAAAGAAAGUGGGAUACACAGCGCUGAAGACGUUGCGAGCAUGGUCUGGUCAUUCUUGACAGCAGCAGGGAGCCUCGUAGACGAGCUGGACAAGGAUGAUGAGGUCAAGCUUCUCCGACUGCGGACAAAGAAGAACGAACUGGUCAUCGUGCCAGAUCCCAAGUUCAUUCUCGUCGCUAUUCACGAUACACCUCCAGCAUAGGCCAUACUACCAACUCAUCGCACAUGUUUCCCGAUCCCCGCAAGCGUUAUGAUACCCAGUCGUUCUGAUUUGAAUACAACAAAAACCUCAGUUACCAAUGAGACUCACUAAUCUCGACUGCGUUCACGUCCACACCGUCCUUGAACCAUCGUUCUACGCGAAUUUCAGUCGAUGUUUCCGCUUAUACAUGCAAGCUUGAAAUACUCACGGGUUUCACCAAUCUCGAUAUCGUUACCGCUCAUCUGCCGCUUGCGCAUCUUCCCGUCUUCUGCAAAUGUCCAAUCCUCGAGACCAUAGCAACGCUUCCACUUCAUGCCGUCAUGGGCAUCUUGAAACUCAUACCAGAAUUGCACGGCGAUUUUGUUGUCAGUAAAGGCAA